AUGCCAAUCUCCACCACCUUGGCACCAGCGAGUGAUCUCUACCUCGCUCCUCCUUCUCACCUCGUUCUCCAACUGGCCGGUCGCAGAGCGGCCGCAUUCCAUCUCCCGGUAUCUUGUCCUCCUACACCCAACGAUUGUCUAGGCGCGAGCUUCUUCGUGUAUCUACCCACAACUCAUCCUGUGACGCGGCGGGCGAAAGGUGUGGACACUCAGGGAGAGGGGACGACGUCGUAUCCGUUAUUAGUACUAAUUCAUGGGAGUGGAAGGGAUGCGGAGAGCAUAAGGGAGAGAUGGGCGGGAUGGGCGGAAGAAAAGGGUGUUGUACUCCUCGCCCCACUAUUCCCUUGUGAUGACAGGUAUCCUGAUGGGGUGGACAACUACAAACGACUUCAUUGGGAGACACCCAAUGGUGUGGCGCGGUACGAUCUUCUCCUCCUGGACGCCAUAGACUAUAUCAGUAAGCGAUGGGGUUUCGUACAAACUGAAAGAUUUGGCCUUUUAGGGUUCUCUGGCGGUGGGCAAUUCACUCAUCGAUUCAUGUACGUUCACCCCCAUCGACUAUGGGCAGCUUCAAUUGGUGCUCCAGGUCAAGCCACAUUCCUCGAACAAAAGCCAUGGCCAAAGGGUAUAUCAAACUCUUCUUCUCUUUUCUCUCAUCCUAUAGAGCCAGUCUCAUUUCGUGGUCUGCCCAUCCAGCUCAUCGUAGGCAGUGCCGAUACUUUACCCAGGGUGGGAGAGGUGGUGACUAGGUAUGAUGUGAUACAAAAGCUUCGAGGACAGUUUGAGGAGGGAGGCAUCGAACAUGAGUGGGUGGUGGUGGAUGGUGUGGGACACAGUGAGAAGGGCGUGUUGGAGGAUGUCAAAAGGUUCAUAACCCAACAUCUGCCUGCUACGACCAAUGGGAAGCUUAACGGUCAUACUAUGGAGAUCCCUACUGUGGAACCUGUCAAUGCCCUUCGGAACCCCUACCUCUCCGUAUAUCGUACCAUGCCGAUCUCUGAUGACGCCUCUUCCGGUCCAAGUAGGAGGAAAAGGGUAGCGCUGAAUUGUGAAGAGUGUCGAAGGACUAAAGCCAAAUCUCUGGACCUCGCAUCAAUCAUGGGACGACUCACUCUUUCCGCCUCUGGACGUCGUCAGUCUCGCUCACAAGUGGGAGGAGAAGGAGUUUAUGUCUCUCCUGAUGCUUCCAGUGAGGAAGACGAACCUGAUACUGUCGUACCUUCUCCAACAUUCUUGCCUGCCGAUUACCAUGCUAGACGGAAAUCAAAGGCCAAGGAGACGACUAGAAGGUUAGCUUAUAUCCCUUGGGCAAGAAGAGGGAAUGCAUAUACCUCUCACGGGAGUCUACCGGCUGAACUAUUGGAAAGGUGCGUGACGUUGUUACCGGGAAGGAAGACGGCAGAGGAGAUAUUCAAUAAAUUCUGGGAAGCGACUUCAUGGCGAAUCCAACCAAUGACUCCAUCUUAUUUUCACAAUCGUAUCCUUUCCAGAGUAUAUGACUCCGUUGAUGGUGCCCACCCACACGACCUUGGCGUUCUAUUCGCAGUCAUCGCAAUUCAUGGAAUCUUUAACGAUACAUCGCGUACUUAUCCUCGAUCUAAUCACAUCCCCUCAAAUGACCUGACACCAUCUUUCAACUCGACCAUUUCUCCUGCUUCCCUACACACUUCUCAUCCUUCACGGAUGAUGAGAUCCACGUCUCGGACCCGUACCACUGAAAGGUUCCCUACCCCUCAAGAUUAUCAUGAUCUAGCUUACGCCUGUCUUGCUGCAGGACACUUCUACACGGAUACGACAUUGUCAAGUUUGAUCACUUUGCAUUUGAUAUGUCAGUUCAUGGUCAAUUCGGAUGAUCGAAGGCUGUUGGAUUCGAUAUCACCCAUCCUGGGAUUGGCAUUGAGGCUUGCAACUGUGAGGGGAUAUCAUCAAGAACCAAACCCAGGUCAAAUGUCUUCAGAGGACAUGAACAAUCGUCGGCGGAUCUGGUACGAGCUCUUAUCGACCGAGCGGGCCGUGUGUAUGUCAGCACUGUCACCCAUGACAAUUCGUAUUUCGACAUGGAGCACUCAAUUUCCUUCGGAUGUACCGACCUCGCAUUAUCUGUGGUGGAAGUGGACGCUAGGAAAAAGAAUGGGUGAUGUGGUGGAUUACUGGACGAUGGCUGUCAGAGGUCCAGAGAGUGAUCUUCUGGCCAUAGACGCAUCGGUCAGACGACUGUGGCACGCCCUCCCCCCUCAUCUUCGUUGCCCGGUCUUGCCCGCAAACUCCUUUUCACUCGUGGGACGGGAUAAAGAAUUUCUGCCCAGCGUCGAUACGUCAUCAGGUCUGCCUGGAGCCGGCGAGAGACUAUCGGUCACUGGGACCUUGUUGGGCUCGGAGGUACAGGUUGGCCAGCAGUAUCGGCUUGCGCAGCAUGUGUGUAUGGUGUUCGCCUUCCUCCAUCGACCCCUGUUCAUGGCUGCAAUCAUGUCAGGCGGUGCCCUUCACCCCGUCUCCAUGCACACCAUCAUUGAAACCUGUCAACACGUCGUUACUUUGGUUGAAUCCAUCUUCGCUUUCGGCGAGGGCAUCUUCAAAUGGUUUUCUUGGACAGCCGACCUUUUUGUCAUUUUAUCCUGUCAGACCGCCCUCAUUAUCAAAACACCACUUGGCGAUCCAUCCCUGCGAGCACGGAUGAGCGUACUUGAACGUGGUGUCGCUAUCCUUGAAAGAGUGACGCCAGAACAACCGACUAUGAAACAUCGUGCUUUGCUCCAUGGUGCUAGGAAGAUGUUGGACAGGGCUAGGACGGUUCAUCAUCUGACACAGGAUUUGAGUGUCAUUCCCAGUCCAGGUGGUCCGAUAGAACACGAAUGGUUGGAUCAGCUCAUUGCCACACCUCGAUAUCCUCCUCCGACGGCAACUUCUCGUCCUUCCCUCCCUGUUUCCAUGAGAGGAGGCACGAGCGUGGUAGGGGGGGACAACACAAUUGAUGCCAAUCCGUGGGACUCGAUUAUGAUGAAUUGGGAUAAUACGAAUGUGGUUGGUAUGAAACCGAGUACAAGUCAAGGAUCGCAAAACGUUCCACAGCAGAAUACCACCCAAGGACGGUGGGACGUUGAGACGGAUGAAUUUUGGGCGGAAUUAUUACGUUCUUCGAGUACUAACUCGAGCCAUCUUCAGACCUCGACACCGGGUCAGGCUAUCUACCCGACGACACAUCCACUUGCCCGACAUCCUCUACCACUGAGCCAUUACAACGCCUCAAUCCCACCAGAUCUAAAUUUUGACCAAUUGACAGGUCUAUCCACUCUUCCGAUCGCAUCUCCGUCGGAACCUACACCUUCAACCUUUCUUCCUCCCCCUCCAGAUGUUUAUCCACCGUCACUAUCCAUUUCUGUUCCAUCACAGAUACUAGACGUACCCUCUCAGCGGACAGGGGAUGGGAUGUUUCCCGUGGCCUCGGAAGGUUAUCAGAUGGGCGAUUUUGAAAAAUGGAUGGCUGAUCUGUCUGGGGACGGUCGAUCUUUUGGGUUUUGA